AGAGCGCGAGAUAGAGAGAGGGGAGACCUGAGGACGGACGCCGAAGUCAAAAAACGCUUUUGUGUUUUGCUCAACCAAACCAAACCUAACCAAACCCAACCCCAGAUCCAAUCUCUCUCUCUCUCUCUCUCUCUCUCUUCCGCUUCCUCUUCCAUCCUCUCUUGAAUCAGAUUUGAUCUUGUGGUGUUCUCUUCAACUUAGAGCUUCUGUGAGCUUGCCAUCUCAAGGCAUCCUCUGUGUUGGGUGUUACAAUCUUCUUGCAUAAGAUGUACUUCUGGUCAUCGCCAUACCCAAAUGCAGGUUUUGAGUUGUUUUUUCCAUCCAAAUGGACUGCAAGAAGUUUAUCCAGUUGGUUGAGGAGAAAAAGAAGAGAGUCCUGGAAAAGAAAGAAGCACCCUUGAAAUGGGAGCAGAAGCUUGAAGCUGCUGCAAAAGCAAAAGCUGAGGCUGAAGCAAAGGAGAAAAAAGCAAAGGCGGCAAAGAAUAAAAGGCCUGUGUCAGUGUCUGGUAGUGACAGUGAUAGUGACAGCAGUGAGGAUGGCAGAAAGAAAAACAAGAGGUUCCACAGGAAACACAAGAAACAUGGCCGUUCUGAUUCUGGUGAAGAUAAGAGGAAGGAGAAGAAAUCCAAGCAAAAGCCGAGGAGAAGAUCCUCCAGUUCUGGCAGUUAUAGCACUGAUGGGUACAGUAGCGUCUCAGAAGAAGAGAGGCGGGGAAAGAAGCAGGUCCACAGGAAGCAUAGGCAUCAUGAUUCAAGAUCAUCAGAUGCUGGUGCUUCAGAUUCUUCAAGUGACGAUGAUGUUGAUUUGAGAAGAAGAAAUGCAAAGCAUCACAAACAUCAUCGGCGGUCACAUUCUACUGAUUCGGAUUCUUCUUCAAGUGAGGACACAAUGAAAAUGAGAAUCCAUGCAAAGCAUCAUAAACGUCACAAGCAUUCAGAAUCAGAUUCAAGUGAUGAGGAUGGAGAUACUGGAAAAAGGAAGCUGCACAAACGUCAUAGAGGAUCUCAUGGUCAUGGCUCAGAUUCUGAUGAUCACAGGGGCGAUCAUAGGAGCCGAUCUCUGGGAAAAUCAUCUGAUGACAACAAUGGAGAAUCAGGUAAAAAAAGAGCGAAGCGUAAAAGCAACCAUCAACACCACCACCACAAUCGCCAUCGUCAUCGCAAUCAUCAGGACCAUAAAUCAAAAGAUGAGGGAGAGCAGGGGAAUGAUCAGCCUCAGUGGGUGACAGAACCAACUGGAAAGCAUCUGGAGGAUGCUCCGAACAGGAAUGAGAAUGGUGGGGCUGCCGACCCUCAAAAUGAUUUAAGGGGGAGGGCCUGAUCCACAUUCAGGAAGUUAAGAGCAUCUCUGCUUGCUCUGUGUGUGUUCUCAUUGAUAUAUGUAUGGUUUAAUGUGGCAAAUCUUAGAACUUGAUUAUAACGUUCUUGGGGUUGUUGGACUUGAACUUUUUUUCAAGCGGAGAUUUGUUAUUUUCACUUGGUGAUAGAUGUCACGAGACUUGAUUGUCGACGUCAAACUGUCUGAUUUUUCAUUUCAUGUUUGAAUGCAAACUGUAAGUGCAGCAGGCUGUAUGGUCGGUGGUUCUAUUCCAA